UAUGGCGUGGAGUGCCCUCUGCUAUAUGUUCACUGGUACCGUGAGUUCCAUACUGUAGACCCCCGAGCGUCCAUGUUUGUACUCGAGCCGGCGUCGCAUCGAGAUGGACCUAGUGCCCAGGUGGUCCCUGCAACUUUGUUGCUAAGGCCAUGUCAUUUGAUUCCGCGGUUCGGGAAACAUCCAAACAUUUCUUGG